AUGAAAAGAGAAGUUAAUGGAAUUUUAUGUUAUUAAUUGAGUUUUGGAUACCAUUCUUUGUUUUCAUUUGAUUAAUAAAUGAGUGAAACAAAAUCAAAGGAAAGUUAACAAAAAUAGAAUUUAAUAAUUAUAGGAGGAUAAUAUGCUUUGAAAAGUUGUAUCUAUCGUGGAGGAACUCAUAAUUUAUAUUUGGGUAAGAAUAUUUGAUAUAUGUUGACAGCGAUAAACAAAUAGAAUCCAGGAAAUUACUUUGUUGUGCGAUUAGUAAUGUAUAAAAGAGUUUAAAUUUAUUGUUAGUUCAUUAAGCUGAUAGGCUAACACAAACAUAGAUAGUAUCUAAGAGGAAGAGAAACUGUUAAAGAAAAUGAAUGUUGGUAUAAAAUGUAAGUUAUGAAUUUAAGUGACAUUCAUGCCUACUAUAUUGGCUUCAGGAGAUGUACGACUUUAGAAUAUAAACUACUAUUAUUAAGUAUUUGACAAGUAUGGACCAAGUUUGAAAUUAUGCUUCUAAUUUGCAAAUAAGAACUUUACUUUAGGCACAAUAUGUAUGAUAGGAAUAUAGAUGGUAUAUAAUAUAUAUAUAUUGAUAGUUAAAUAUAUUGGAGAAGAUGCAUGGAUAAUUCAUUGUUCAUCGUAAUUUAAGACCUAAGAAAAUAUUAACAGUACCAAAUAAAAAUGAAUUUGUCUUAAUCGACUUUUAACAUAGUGUUAAAUUUAAGCAUAAAAAUGGAAAAUAUAUAGGUUUAGGAUCAAAGUUCUCUAGUUAAACUAAAUUAACUAAAUUUUCAAGUUUAAAUCAACAUUUGGGAUUGAGUAUAUGAAGUAUUGAUUAUGAUUUAAGCUGCCUCACCAAAAGAUGACUUGGAAUCUUUAGGGUUUAUACUUAUGUACUUUUUAAAGAAUGGAGAUAUGUUUAAAGUUAAAGAAACUGUAUCUAAAAGUAAACAAAUGGAAGAAUAAAAGUUGCGAAUGAUACCAGAAAAAUUCUGUAAAGACAUGCCUAUAGAAUUCCUUUAAUACUUUUAAUUUGUUAGAUUGACAAAUGUGUAAUAAUAUCCAUUAAGUGACUAUGAGUUUUUAAAAAAGUUUUUUAGAAACAUACUCCAACAACUUAAUAUAAAUGAGAAAGAAUUCUAAUAUGAUUGGGUAUCUAAUAUUUAGUAAUUGUUAGUUAAAGAAAAUGAAUUUAUAAUCCUAAUAACCUAAGGAGGAUGGAUAAACAAAGAUUGUAGUUCAUGAACCUUAAACUUUAGAAAAAAUCUAAGAAGUUUAAACAGAAUUGGAAAAGUCUUCAUUUAAAAGAGACGAUUAUCGUAAAUCAUCAUCAUUAUGUAUAAAUGAUGAAGAUGAUAAGUAAUUUGAGAGUGUAAGUAACAAAAUGUUACAUCUUCCAAAUAUGUAUGAUUUGAUUAAACUAAAAAAUUGA